CGCUUAAGUUGUAAACCAUUACAAGCCUGAGCUUUAUCACAUAAACAUAGGAAAUCAGCACAAACAUGAAGUUGGCUGUAGUGAUUUUGUUCGUAGCAGCAGUUGUUCUUGCCGAUGAUAAGUACGAGGAAAUAGAAGAUAAAUUCGACUUAUCCGAAGUUCUCAGCAAUGAUAGAUUAUUGCAAUCAUAUGCAAAAUGUUUGCUGAAUAAGGGACCUUGUACUCCAGAAAUAAAAAAAAUAAAAGACAAAAUUCCAGAAGUACUUGAAACACACUGCGCUAAAUGUACCGACAGACAAAAACAAGCUGGCAAACAACUGGCUCAAGAAGUUAAAAAAAGGCAUCCGAAAAUUUGGUCUGAGCUAGUGGCUCAGUAUGAUCCCGCGGGAAAGUAUCAAGAAGCUUUCAAGCAAUUCUUGAACAAUCGUAUAUGCUCGAUAAAUACUUAUUCAAAACGAAUUUCAAUGGGUAUCAGCUCCAAAAUGAUACUAAAAGCACUAUUUGCUAUUGCUCUUACAAGUUCGGUACGUUGUGAUUUCUACAGUUCGCGAUAUGAUGACUUUGAUGUUCAGCCUUUGCUGGAGAAUGACCGGAUUCUUCUGAGCUACACCAAGUGUUUCCUAGACCUAGGUCCUUGCACACCUGAAGCGAAGGAUUUCAAAAAAGUAAUACCUGAGGCGCUCGAGACAUCUUGUGGAAAAUGUACACCGAAACAAAAGAAACUCAUAAAGAAAGUAAUAAAAGCAGUUAUGGACAGCCAUCCGGACGCUUGGACUCAGCUGGUCGAUAAAUACGAUAAAGAUAAGAAAUACAGGGACAAUUUUAACAAGUUUUUACAAGAAGAUUAAAAAUGAGCUACUUAGUUUAAUGUUAAUGUGUUCCAUAUAAUUUGCAAAUUACGUUCUCAUGAUUGGAAUGUAAUGAAAACAAUUUUUGUGUUUUAUAAACAUAAGAUAUGGUAAGUAAGGAAAAAUAAUUCUACUAUGAUAAAUGUAUGUAUAUCAUAGUAUAUUAAGAUUCCUUUGUUUUUAAAAAUGAAAUACAAACACAUUUCGAUUCAA